CUUUUACGCAACAUCAGUUCUUCCGAUAAAGCCUACACGUGACGCCUCAGUGAGAGACCAGUUGCUGACAGUCAGCUGACAGGGUGGACGGUGCAGUUGCCAGUUUCAGGAGGUAGCGCUUUGUAUAUCCUAUAACUAGGUGAAAGCAGGAGCGCAGGAAGCAUGUCUGGAGACGGAGAACCUGUUGUUACGGAUACUCAGGUCAGUGUAAGAGGGGUACACGGAUAUGACGUUAGCAAGAUAUCAUACAUAGGAAAAGACUGUACAAAGAUUCCAAGUUUUCUUUCAAGGAAGUAUGGACAUCUGGCAAAAAGACUUGACCUGAGUUUCAAUUUGUUAAGGACCCUGGAUGGACUUGAAGGCUUUAGCUGCUUGGAGGAACUAAUACUGGACAACAAUCAACUUGAUGACCAUGUCUCCUUCCCACCGCUACCAAAGCUACACACACUAACUGUAAAUAAAAACCAGCUGACAGAUUUAGAAUCUCUCUUAGAUACACUGGCUUCAGUCGCUCCUGUCCUAGAAUAUCUCAGCUUGCUAGGGAACCAAGCAUGCCCUAAUGAGCUGGUGAGCCCAGAAAAAGAUGAAGAUGACUAUCAGAGAUACAGGUAUUUUGUUCUGAAUAAACUUCCUAACCUAAAGUUUCUGGAUGCCAGGAAAGUAACAAGGAAAGAGCAAGAAGUAGCAGUUUCAAGAGGAGCAUUUAUGAAAAUUGUUAAGCCAAAAGAAAUACAGGUUCCCAGUGGCGCAGAGUACAGCUCUCCAGACCUGACUUACACUCCUUUACCAAGUUUAUCCAGGGAUCCAACCAAUCACAGAGGAGUUUUAGGUAAAUGUCGGUAUAUUUACUACGGAAAACAUUCUGAAGGCAACCGAUUUAUUCGUGAUGAUGAGCUCUGACCUUCAGGAUUAUGGCUGCCAUGAAACAUCAGGCACUCGAUAAGCAUGCUGUACUGCUGAAUGUUCCUUAAAUCAUGCAAAAUAUUUGAGAGGAAUGUAAACAAUGUGGGAAACCAAAUUCUUUGUCAUUGAAUUUAAACAAUAAUGUGGAAACCUGUGAUUUGUGCCCUUGUUAUUUGAAAUUAGUAACAUUAAAAUAUCAUUUUUUAAAAGAGAACGCUCCUUCUUUAAGGAAAACUACAUUAGAAUUUUUAAGCAAGAAUUUCACCUGAGGAUCUGUUCCGAAAUGUGCUUGGUUUAUUAGUACAAUACAGAAUUGUCACAAAGCCAUAAUUAUUUCUUUAUAUUUGUUUCUUUAUAUUUCAAGCAGAAAAGUCCAUCUAUGAAAUGAUGUCUUGCUCUUCUCCACUGCCUGAUAUUUCUGUGGCUGUCAACAUCAGUCAGCACACUGGGUAGGAGAUAUGGAACGGAUAGUGACAGUUUAGCCUAAAGCUUAUACUUUCUAUUGGUGUGACUGGCAGCUUUAGAGGAGCCAAGCAUCAAGUUCAGAAAGAAAGAAAGAUCAGGCAAGGACCAUGAUAACUUUACACAACUUAUGCUGAUAGUCCUAAAGUUAUAUUUGUCUAUUCCAUCUGUAAUUGAUGUCUAGGCAGUACAUUGGUGAUUAUAGUAUUCAAAAACAGAGGCUCCAAGGGGCAUGUGUUUGUGGGGGUUAAACAUAUGUCACUACCACCACCAUUUUAGGUAGGAAAGUGGGAGCUACUGGGCAAAGCUGCCUGCAGCGAUCACAAAUAUCUGGUCAGUGGACUGACAUCAUUAUCUGCUGGCAGCCACAACGGCAUGCUACUUAGGAUUUUUCAAGAUGGCACAUAGCCCAGGUAAAAAGGGUUAUUGUAAAACAAGUGACCAUUUUAAACCUUUACUUGCUUCUUCCGUAGUUAAAUCUCCAUCACUUUCAAAUAGUUUGCAAAACAGCGAAAACUUUGCGAAAUGGUGGAAAUGUUGCGCGUCAAAAAAUUUUGCGCAAGUCAUUUUUUGAUGCGUGCAAAAAUUUUUGGAUGCGCGAAUCAAAAAAUUGCACCCAAAAACUGUUUUCGAUUAUCGGGCCCUCAGCUUUAACAGUUGAUAUCCUUCCUUUUAUGUUCUACCAUUCUAAUAUUAUGUUUUGUAUGUGAACACAAAGAACAAAUGUAACACAAUGAAUGUUUGUAUUAAAAAUACUAUAAUAAAAAAAAACCAUUU